UGCUCGCCGCUCGCGAUUCGAAACAUCGGAAGGUCGUGUUUGUCAUCACGAGAUUCACGAGUGCUCAUACGAAAAGACUAUGUACAGGUGAACAGUGCGGCAGAGGAUAUACAAGCAGGACACUUUCAGUUGUCGGUUAACAUCGUAACGGCUCGCAACGAUUAAAACGGCUCUAUUACUUUAAUCGUGAUCCAGGUAAUAUCGAUACGAAAGUGAAAUCUUGUUGCGUAAGAGACAAUAAAACAUACUCGGUCUAACGCGAUGCGCGUAUUCACAAAGAAAAUUAAGAAACCGUAACAAUAACUUGUCGCGAACGGAAUAUUUUCCCUCGAAUAUUCAUCUGUAAAUAACAGCGUGGACCCUAAGAUUACAUUGUUCUUGCCGAUAUACAGUUAUCUGUGACAGCAAAUGCCGCACGCGAGUGCUCUCCACGCGAUUUAAACGAAAAGUCUCGGUAAAUUUGCAAAGUGCGGAGAAUUUCUUGAUUUCAGUACAGUUACGAACGCUCGGUUUUUUCUCUCUCUCUAUUUUAAACAAUGCAAACGGAACAAAGUGACGACGUGGGCAACAAAUGGGUCAAACAUUGGUGAUCAGAGGUCGCUUUAACUGCGGGGAUCUCGAUCUUUACUAUUGUGACAGUGGAAACUUGAUCGAGGGAUUUGCUGAGAGAUCGAGAACGACAAUCACUGAAUAAAAAGACAUGGCACUGACGUUAGCGCUACCUUUAUCCGGUCUAAACCCAGAACAAUUUUCAACGCUGCGCCUGAAGCUUCUUAAUAUUGAACGCGAACAGAACUUGAGGAACAUGUGCGAUUCUGGGCGGACUUCUCCAAGUGCCGGAAGCGAGUCGAGCGGCAUCAGCAGUCUCGCAACGUCCGCCGAAUCGACGUCAGUCGAAUUAACACCGAUCUCAUCGAGAUCAGAGAGUCCCACUAGAACACCGUGCAAGAGCCAGGGGAAGACAACUGCACCAUUUCGUAUAAUGUAUGGAAACCGCAAUAUACUGAACUUGGCAGCGAACGUCAGGCCGCCGUUAGACUGGCAGAUGAAAGACUUUGAUCGAAUGAGUCGCUACCAGCGUGAACGGUCUGCUACCAAGGAUGGAACUGUACGUACGAUGACGUCUUACGAAAGUUUGCCGCCAAUGUGGAUUUUGCGAGCCGUUAGCCACUAAAAACUUUUGAUGCCGACUUAACGAAACGAAACGAUUAACGACAACACGUCCAGCGUCGUGGACAACUGAACUGAUAGACUGGAUAGCGGCAGCCGGAUGGAGACGUAUCGUUAAUCGAGGAACAUAUGGAGAUAUGAAACUAAUAUAUCUAAAUUGGGACCCGACAUCUGCAGUGCGAUACGUGAAUAUUGAAACAAUUAAAAUAUUCGCGUAAAUCGAUAAUUUAAUUGGUUGAAUUCGUCUAGAGAAAAAUAUCUAGAAUCUAGAUUAUUUAAGCGGUAUACGUUCCCUUGCCGGAUACGGGCUGCAGUGAUCAUUAGCUCUCCCGAGUUGUAAUGUCGUGAGACGUGGUGAAAUUAUGGUCAGCCAAUAAGUUUUGCAUCGCGGAAUGCGAACAAUUGACGGUCAUUCAACGUCUCCGGUGUCUAUAUCUAUCUUACUGUUAGACACCGGAUACAUUUUUACAAUCCACUGUGUAUGGUUUUACAAUCUUAUGUGAUACGGUGCAGGACUAAUUCUCCGCUAAAGUAAAUACACCAUAUCUCGCGCGACACCUUUUCUACUUUCAACUAUAUGUAUAGCGCAUAUGUAUCUGUAUUGUAAUUGUAUUCGGACGAAUAACGAUGUCGCGCGUAAGAGUAUCGGUACCUUACAAGAUUUGUCCGAGCAUCGUGUGACUGUCGUCGGACGCGUCGAACAAUAUCGGAUUUUUAACGCACGAUAUGACGAUCUGCAAACAGACUCAACGUUUAACUAGAAAAAAGACCGCAGGUUUACAACUCGCAGUCGUGUAUAUGUGUGUGUGUGUAUGUUGGUAUGUGUAUGAAAAGUCGCGCGUCACCCAAUGACUUUUCUUCAUGCACAAACAUAUUCAUUUGAAGACAGACCUCCUUAUCCCCUAUCGUCAAGAUUGUCAUCAUCAUCGACAAUUAUCGUAACAUUUUUUUCUUUACGGUAACUAUAAACGAAUGCCGUUGCAUUUCGUAGAACACCGUUAUCGAGUGACAUACCGAUAGACGUAUCGUGUUUCACAGGUAGUAUCACGAACGAUCGGCAAUUUCUCAAAUCGGCCGAAAAUCAGUCCUUACAUUUUCGCGGUAAAUGUAGUACCUGCUCGUAGGAUAUAAAUACGUAUUUCUACGACGGCAUUGCAUAUAUAUCUUGACCAUUGUUUAUGACUACAUGAUAAACAAUAUUUUAUAUAUCUCAAUGUUGCGUUCCUCAAUCGUGCUUUUACGUUAUUAGAUAAAAUAAUUGGAAGAUGUUCGCGGAAAAAUAUGGGAAUAACUUGAGUGUGCAGCGUUCUCCCUCGGCGUAGCGUCGCGUACGAUCGGCUUUUAUAAAAAGAGGUGGGGCAACUCUUUUCCCUAAGUUGAGCAUUCCGUCGCGGUACGACAUCGGCGCGGGCUUCCUGGCGGCGAUACUCGAGCCAGGCCGAAGAUGCGAACGCUUCGGCGAAUUAGCGCGUAAAUUCGCGCGAAAGGCAUUAGUGCCGUUUCACGAGCCGCACGAGGGGGUUGAUCGCUCGGACCCUCGUGCUUCUGCAUUGUUUCAGCUCGAGCGUAACACCCGGCGUGGCGCUGUGUGGCCGGUUCGAUCCACAAUCCCGCCCGAAACACUCACACCCCUAACGAAAGGGACCGCGCAACACGCGCGCAUUACUCCGAUCCUCGCCGACGCACACGCAUAUACACGUAGCCAGAAAAAAUGAACCAAUUGCUGAGGAGAGAGAGAGAGAGAGAAAAUUUACCGUAAGAAAUUUAUACAGAAACAGCAGUCUCUUACAUGCAACGACAUUUUUCCCCAGUUUUGCUGCGAUGCACGAGAUUAUUUUAGGCACGAGCCCAUUGUUCAUUAUAAUAAUUACAAAUUAAAUGCUAAUAUUAUGCCAAAUUGCUUCUCAUUUAAUAAGCGACAUUAAGAACGAUAUUUCCUGUCCGCCGAUUUUUCGCCCUUGGGCCUCGAUAUUUACUAAAUCCGUCACUGGUAUGCGCGUUUAUAUCGCUUGUAUGUAUUCCGCGGGGUGUGCGGGAACCUUUCAUCAGGCUGCACGCGUGCGUGUACAUACGUACACCGGUGCACGCGCGCGCCUGGAAGCGCCCCGUCCGUGCGUGCACGCGCGGAUGCGUGGGUGCGUGCAACGCGCGAGAGAUGCGCAGGACGACUAUUCAGAUAUUGUUGUUAUUGUUGAGGGAACAAUCGCCCGUCAAUAGGCCGCCUCGGCACAAUGUAUCUAUUCAGGUGCGGUCAGCGGUGCUCAAUCGAUCAGGAUCCACCCUUCGCGAGUGACGAAAAAGCACCGCGGAGACCGGCGGAGAGACCUGUCGUCAGUUUCGCGGUGUACAUCGCGGAAUUCUUCACGUGCAAAAGUCCCAACUCUUAACUUAACUCGUGCGCCUGCCUAUGCAUGGAGACAAUAGGCCUUCUUAUUUUCUUCGUGCCUUAGCAGAACCAAACGAAAGCGAUCCCGAGUGGCCUGUGCGUUUCCACUUGUAGGGCAUGUGCAAAAUAUUUUAUAUCUUUACGUACUUAUAAGGAGCAAAAUAAAAUUGUCAAAUUGAUUGC